AUGAACGCACAUAUUAACGAAUGCACAGUUGGAGCUCAUAAUUGUCACAGUCAGGCAACGUGCAGUAAUACCACUGGGUCGUUCAAUUGUACCUGCAAUGAAGGUUAUUCAGGAAAUGGAACCAUGUGUGAAGAUGUGGACGAAUGCACAUUUAAAACGCAAAAAUGUCACAGCCAAGCAACGUGUAAAAACACCGCUGGUUCGUUCAACUGUACCUGUAAUGAAGGUUAUACAGGAGAUGGAACCAUGUGCACAGAUAUUAACGAAUGCACAGUUGGAGCUCAUAAUUGUCACAGUCAGGCAACGUGCAGUAAUACCACUGGGUCGUUCAAUUGUACCUGCAAUGAAGGUUAUUCAGGAAAUGGAACCAUGUGUGAAGAUGUGGACGAAUGCACAUUUAAAACGCAAAAAUGUCACAGCCAAGCAACGUGUAAAAACACCGCUGGUUCGUUCAACUGUACCUGUAAUGAAGGUUAUACAGGAGAUGGAACCAUGUGCACAGAUAUUAACGAAUGCACAGUUGGAGCUCAUAAUUGUCACAGUCAGGCAACGUGCAGUAAUACCACUGGGUCGUUCAAUUGUACCUGCAAUGAAGGUUAUUCAGGAAAUGGAACCAUGUGUGAAGAUGUGGACGAAUGCACAUUUAAAACGCAAAAAUGUCACAGCCAAGCAACGUGUAAAAACACCGCUGGUUCGUUCAACUGUACCUGUAAUGAAGGUUAUACAGGAGAUGGAACCAUGUGCACAGAUGUUAACGAAUGCACAGUUGGAGCUCAUAAUUGUCACAGUCAGGCAACGUGCAGUAAUACCACUGGGUCGUUCAAUUGUACCUGCAAUGAAGGUUAUUCAGGAAAUGGAACCAUGUGUGAAGAUUUGGACGAAUGCACACUUAAAACGAAUAAUUGUCACAGCCAAGCAACGUGUAAAAAUACCAUUGGUUCUUUCACUUGUACCUGCAAUGAAGAUUAUACCGGAAAUGGAAUUACAUGCGAAGACAUAAACGAAUGUGUUGGAGAAUCGCGAAAAUGUUCAGGUCAAGGUCAAGAAUGUGUUAACUUCCCUGGAGCAUACCGUUGCCAUUGUACCAGUCCACGACAGCAAAUUGUUGAUGAAGAAUGUACUGAUAUUCAGGCCUCUGUCGAAGGUCAAUUUGUGAUUAUAAAUCGCGUCUACAUCUCUGCCUAUGAUGAUCCACAAAGUUUAGAAUACUUUCAAUUUACUGAACUGUUACUCAAUGAGCUUACGAACCUCUACACGAGAACAGCGAGGCUACGUUUCACCUUUCAGUCAAUCAUCAUUUUACGACUAUUCCCAGGAUCUGUUGUUUCUGAUUACGUUGCAACAUUCAAUGAUUCCACUGGAAUAAACAGUAACAAUAUUCAAGACGAAUUGGUCGAGUCAAUGAAUUUCACACAAAACGGCACAUUUCUUGGGGCAGAUCUCCAAAUCAGCAAGAGCACAGAUCGCACUGUAGUAAAAGGCCUUUUCAGUGUGAAAGAUUAUGACGAAUGCAAUAAAAGUAGCAUCCUGCAUACUCCUGAUUGUGGUAACAACUCACUAUGUAUGAACACAGACACAAGUUAUAAGUGUGUUUGUCUUUCUGGAUAUGAAAAAAGUAACGGAAGCUGUCUUGCCAUUACUUUUGACAAAGAUGAUGUCAAUAUCGUCAGGAAUUUGAUGAUUGUAGUCGUUAUAUGGAGUACACUGUGUUUUGCGAUCGCCAUUAUUCUGGUUCUUAUCGCUGGAUUUAGCAUGUGUGCAGAAGUGUAUGAUGAAAAACGUGAACAAUUUGAGACAGAAUUGCACUCAAUGCCAGAGACUGUCACUUCUCCCGUCUACACGACAUAUCCUGCCAUGGAACAUUAUUAUGCAGACAACGAGUAAACAUACUUUUUGAAAUGAGGCCUAUAAAAUUGUUUUGCGGUUUUAUGCACAACAUAAAAAUUUGUCCAUAAAUUUAAUUAUCUAUGCACUCACAUAACGUACUUAUUGAUUUCACGUAUUAUAAUAUUACUACUUUUAUACAGUUUUUAUACAGUUAUACACUAUUUAGUCGGCUAUCAGCUCAUGGUAAUCGACUCGAGCUCGUGGUAAUUUUUUUUAUAAUGUAGCUACUAUAAACACCAUUUUAUGAUAGAAAUAAACAUUGCGUAAAAAAAUUAA